GGUAGGCUGUUAGGUGAGAUAGGAAAUACAAUAAUUUUGGGGACUUAGAUAAUAUAAUUGGUUGAACGUAGCACUGUAACGGUGAUGUUAGAGCUGCACAACAAGCAACCCACCAUCUCCUCCGUCUCUUCACCUAAUACUAAUACAAGACAGUGAAAUAUUCCCGAUUUCAGGUGGAAAGUGGAAACCGAAUUUGGAAUGAGAGAGCAAUUCUUCAUCACCGUGAAAUCUUAUUGUUGAGUAUAAGUAUGGCAGAAUCAGGAUACAAUAUAAAUGAUUUGGUUCGAGAAGGCCAUUUUAGGUGGUUGAGACCUGCAGAAGUUGUCUUUAUACUACAGAAUCAUGAGGACCAGCAGCUUGCUAAUCAACCACCUCAAAAGCCAGCUAGUGGAUCUAUGUUUCUCUUUAACAAGAGGGUCCUCAGGUACUUCCGUAAAGAUGGUCAUAGUUGGCGUAAGAAGAAGGAUGGAAGAACUGUAGGGGAGGCACAUGAGCGGCUUAAGGUUGGGAAUGCUGAAGCCCUAAAUUGUUAUUAUGCACAUGGAGAGAAGAAUCCUAACUUCCAGCGGCGAAGCUAUUGGAUGUUGGAUCCUGCAUACGAGCACAUUGUCCUGGUUCACUACAGAGAUAUAACUGAGGGGAUGCAGAUUGCAGCGUUCAUGUCACAGUCAUCUCCAAUUUCCUCUACUUUCUCUCUGAGUCCCAGCUUAUAUUCUACUCAACAUCCAGGCUUUACUGUUUUUGGCAGUGAAUCUUAUCAACAGUACCCGAAUGAAUCUAGCCCUGGAUCUGGGGAAGUUUGUUCUGAUGCAGGCAUCAAUGGUAAAGGGAUGAACAUCUCAGACAUCACCGGGAGAACGGAGGGGGUGAGCAGCUCACCACGGGUUGAGAUAAGUCAAGCAUUGCGUAAACUUGAGGAGCAGUUAAGUUUAAAUGAUGAUAGUUUGGAACAAAUUGAUCCACUAUAUAGUGAAAUUGAGAACUCGGAUGAUGUUGAAAAUUUUGUACAUGAUAAUAAUUCACUAGUCCAGAUCCAGCACAAGUCAAACAAUCUUCUGUUGCAGCCUCAUUCAGGAGAGAGCAGUGAAUCGCAGCAUCAACUCUUGAACCUGGAUGGUAACAUAUGGAAAGAGAUGCUGGAUCACUGCAGAAGCUUUCCGGCUGCUGAGUCACCAGCUAAAUGUUUUGAAAAGUUGGAUGAGAAUGGAACGCUACAAACCUCGUCAGGAGUGGGACCGAUAGAAGCAACCGAAAGUGAUAGGUGGCUUAAAUUUGGUGGAAAAGCUCUGAAAUCUUCUUUGACAAAUUUUAAGCAAGUUGAAGAUUUCAAGUAUCCUGCAUGUGCACGAAUAAAUACUUAUGGAUCCUAUUCUGACCAAUAUACAACAAUAUUUGACCAAGAUCAGAUUGGAACAUCAUUUGAAGAUGAUAUGAGCUUAACCAUUGCCCAGAAGCAGAAAUUUACUAUUCAUGAUAUAUCUCCUGAUUGGGGGUAUUCAUCUGAGGCAACAAAGAUAGUUAUAGUUGGAUCGUUUCUCUGCAAUCCAUCAGAGUAUACAUGGACUUGUAUGUUUGAUGAUAUUGAAGUUCCUGUUCAGAUCAUCAAUGAAGGUGCCAUCCGUUGCCAGGCGCCUCCUCACUUGCCAUGUAAAGUCACACUCUGUGUUACUACUGGCAAUAGGGUAUCAUGCAGUGAAGUAUGGGAGUUUGAAUACCGGGUUAAGUUUGAUGAUCAUGGUCAAAAGAAUUUAGCUGAAGUAGGAGGAGCUUGUAAGAGUUCAGAGGAACUGUUGCUCCUUGUCAGAUUUGUACAGAUGCUUCUGUCUGACUCAUCAGUGCAGAAAGGAGAUGGUUCUGGAUCAAGCAAUGAUAUCUUGGAAAACUCCAAGGCGAGCGAAGAUUCAUGGAGCCAAGUUAUUGAAUCUCUUUUAUUUGGAACUUCAACAUCAAUGGUAACCGUUGAUUGGCUUCUUCAAGAGCUUUUGAAGGACAGAUUGAAGCAGUGGCUUUCAUCCAAAUUGCAAGUAAAAAAUAACCAAAUGGGUUAUUCCUUCUCCAGGAAAGAACAAGGGAUCAUACACAUGGUUGCUGGCCUGGGGUUCGAGUGGGCCUUGCACCCAAUUCUAGAUGCUGGAGUAGGUGUUAACUUCCGUGAUAUUAAUGGCUGGACUGCCCUGCACUGGGCUGCACGCUUUGGAAGGGAAAAAAUGGUCGCAUCCCUCGUAGCAUCUAGUGCAUUUGCUGGAGCUGUUACUGAUCCCUCUUCACAAGAUCCAUUUGGUAGAACUGCUGCGUCAAUUGCUUCUAGCUGCGGUCACAAGGGAGUUGCAGGUUAUCUUUCAGAGGUUGCUCUCACCAGUCAUCUUUCAUCCCUCACAUUAGAGGAAAAUGAGCUUUCAAAGGGGACUGCUGAUGUGGAAGCAGAAAGAACUAUCAGUAGUAUAUCAACCACAAGUGCUGCCACACAUGAGGAUCAGCUUUCUCUGAAGGACACUUUAGCUGCAGUCCGUAAUGCUGCUCAGGCUGCUGCUCGUAUACAAUCUGCAUUCCGAGCACAUUCAUUCCGGAAGAGACGACAGAGAGAAGCUGCUCGUGCUGCUACCACUAGCGGAGAUGAAUAUUGUGUCCUCUCAAACGAUGUUCUUGGACUUUCAGCUGCCUCAAAGUUGGCAUUCCGCAACAUGCGGGAUUAUAACUCAGCAGCUUUAGCUAUUCAGAAGAAAUAUCGUGGAUGGAAAUGCCGGAAAGACUUCCUUGCAUUCCGCCAGAAAGUUGUGAAGAUACAGGCUCAUGUACGAGGAUAUCAGGUUAGAAAGGAAUACAAGGUAUGUUGGGCUGUGGGAAUAUUAGAGAAGGUGGUGCUGAGGUGGCGUCGACGGGGUGUUGGUCUUCGGGGAUUCCGACUAGAAGAAGAACCCAUCGAGGAAAGUGAGGACGAAGACAUUCUCAAGUUGUUCCGCAAACAGAAAGUGGAUGCUGCUAUAAAUGAGGCUGUCUCUAGAGUGCUAUCAAUGGUUGACUCUCCAGAAGCACGCCAACAAUAUCAUCGAAUUCUUGAGAAGUACCGACAAGCUAAGGCUGAACUUGGAGUGAACAGUGAUACAGUAUCCACUGCACAUGGUGACAUCUCCAACAGUGAUAUAUAGGUGCCUAAUCAAACAGCGUCUAUAGCUUGUGGAUGAAUUUCUCAUUGUCUUCCCUACUUCAUUUAAUUGGUUAUUAUGUGUAAAGUAUUUUGUAGGUGCUGCUCAUAAUUUGUAUAGGUGGAAACAACUAUUUUCUUCAUUUUAGUGCCUCCAGGCAAAUCAGUUUGAAAUUUCUUUUGCUAUUGUACAUAUUCUUAUGUUUUUGGGUGCAUUGUCCACUAAAGAGGGCGUUGGACGGAGUGAAUGCUA